AUGACUACGAAAAGACCCCUCAAACCCGGCAUCUACGUCCCCACGGUGGCCUUCUUCCACGGCCCCAACGAAGACGUCGACGUCGCGACAGUCGAGAAGCACGCCGUCUUCCUGGCCCAGGCAGGCGUCGCCGGCAUCGUCGCCCAGGGCAGCAACGGCGAGGCCGUGCAUCUGGACCGCGAGGAGCGCAAGGCCAUCACGGCCGCGACACGUCGCGCCCUCGACGCCCACGGCUUCGAGUCUGUGCCGCUGAUCGUCGGUGCAGGUGCCCAGUCGACGCGCGAGUCGAUCCAGUUCGCCCAGGACGCUGCCCAGGCUGGCGGCGACUACGUGAUCGUGCUGCCGCCGUCGUACUACAAGACGCUCGUCGGCACAGAGGCCCUGCGCAACUACUUCCGCGACGUGGCCGACGCGUCGCCCCUGCCCGUGCUCAUCUACAACUUCCCUGGUGCGGCGAACGGCGUGGAUCUGACGUCGGACGACAUCCUUGCCCUGGCGCAACACCCCAACAUUGUCGGCGUGAAACUCACCUGUGGCAACACGGGCAAGCUGGCGCGCAUCGCGGCGGGCGUGAAGCCCGGCUUCUUCACCUUCGGCGGCUCGGCCGACUUUACGCUGCAGACGCUGAUCGCCGGCGGGCAGGGAGUGAUCGCGGGCGUGGCGAACGUGAUCCCGCGGGCAUGCGUGCAUGUGCAGGACCUGUACGAGAAGGGACAAGUCGAGGAGGCGAAGAAGGCGCAGGCGGUGGUCGCGCGCGCAGACUGGGUCGCCAUCCAGGGCGGAUUCGUCGCCGUCAAGGCGGCCCUGGAGGCGUAUUAUGGGUAUGGCGGACUGCCGCGCAAGCCGACGGUUGCGCCGUCGGUAGAGGGCGUUGCGGCGAUUAAGGAUGGGUUGGCUGAGGCGAUGGAGUUGGAGAGGUCGUUGGCGAAGAAUUAG